AUGUCUUCCACUGUCCCCACCAACGACCAGAUCCUGGUCCCCGAGACCCUCCUCAAGAAGCGCAAGUCUCAAGAGAAGGCUCGCGCCGAGAGGCUCGCUGAGCAGGAGAAGACCAAGAAGGCCAACAAGGACAAGCGCCAGGUCAUCUUCAAGCGUGCUGAGAAGUACGUCAAGGAGUACCGCGAUGCCGAGCGCGAGAAGAUCCGCCUCAACCGCGUCGCCAAGCAGGCUGGCGACUUCUACGUCCCUGCUGAGCAGAAGUUGAUCUUCGUCGUCCGUAUCAAGGGUAUCAACAAGAUUGCCCCCAAGCCCCGCAAGAUCCUCCAGCUUCUCCGUCUUCUCCAGAUCAACAACGGCUGCUUCGUCCGUGUUACCAAGGCCACCAUGGAGAUGAUCAAGGUCGUUGAGCCGUGGGUUGCCUACGGUUACCCCAACCUGAAGACCGUCAAGGAGCUCAUCUACAAGCGCGGUUACGGCAAGGUCGACAAGCAGCGCAUUGCUCUUACCGACAACUCCAUCAUCGAGGCCAACCUCGGCCAGUACGGUAUCAUCUGCAUUGAGGAUCUCAUCCACGAGAUCUUCACUGUCGGCCCCAACUUCAAGCAGGCCUCCAACUUCCUGUGGCCCUUCAAGCUCAGCAACCCCACUGGUGGUUUCCGCAGCCGCAAGUUCAGGCACUUCAUUGAGGGUGGUGACCUUGGCAACCGUGAGGAGCACAUCAACGCUCUGAUCAGGCAGAUGAACUAG